CAGCGAUAUACCGGCGGCUCCUCUCUGCCUGCAGAAAAAAGUUCCUGCCCCGGAAAGAAAUUUUCAGUGGUUAGAGCAGGAUGCCAGGGGACAGGGGGAACCAGCUGCUCAUAGAUCCCUCCUGGAAGGUGCUGAAUCCAGUCUCCUCUUCCUCUAUAGCUUUAAUAGUUCUGAUCUUUGCUUCCCUGUAUAAAGGUUUGCUGAGCCAAAAUACAGAUUAUAAACUGAGCGUUCAGGACUCGGUCUCCGUGCAACGCGGCCUCUGUGUCCACAUUCCCUGCAACUUCACUUACAAUGCUGCAGACAGGAGGAACCCCCAAAAACUCUAUGGUUACUGGUUUCGGGGAUCACGUUAUCUUGUGGCCACCAAUGAUGAUAAGCAGAGAUAUCCUGAGGGGCAUUUCAAGUUAACAGACGAUCUGGAGCAAGGCAGUUGUUCCUUCAGCAUCCUUGAUGCCAAGUCAAAUGACCAGGGAUGGUACUACUUUCGAAUUGAGGACAACAGUUUUGGAUACAGCUACAUCAAUUAUCACCAAACUCAUAAGAAACUUCAAAUUCUCAUAACAGAGUUUGCAGAGAAACCACGGAUCCUGAACUCAUCUGCAGUACUUUCUGGGGAGGAAGCUGUUUUCACCUGUUCAGUGCUGGGCCCCUGCUCUAAGAUGGAGCCUAGGUUCUUUUGGAUAAGUCGUCAGAUCAGACAUGAAACACCUUACUGGAGUCAUCAGCAGAUCAAUGGCAGCUGGAUCUAUGGGUCCAACUUCACCUUCACACCCUCCCUGAGUGAUCAGGGCAAAGAGCUCACCUGCAAAGUCUGGUACCCUAAUAUAUGGGAAUAUGCUGAGAACACCUUCCUUCUUGACAUAGCUGAUCCACCCAAGACUGUUGAGAUCUCCACAAAUGCUACAAAUCAAGAGCAUCUUGCUUUGUGCUUACCUGAUGCAAAAAGGGAUGUGGAUUCAGCUGUGGCUCGAGAAGGUGAAAGCAUCCACCUGGUUUGUAAAGCGGACGGCAGGCCUGACCCCACCCUGAGCUGGAGGAAAGGGAACAAGACCCUCAGUGAGACCAAACAGGGCAAGGAGUACAUUCUUCCACUGAUGGAGGUCAGGCCAGAAGAUGCAGGGCAGUACCAAUGCCAGGCAGAGACUUCAUACAGUUCCGCCAACAAGAGCCUGCAGUUGUGUGUGCUGUAUCGUCCAAGACUCUGCAGUCAGUCCAGGAGCACAUGUUGGCAAAAGGACAACAUUCUCCACUGCAACUGCUGUCUGGACUCCUGGCCCAAACCUCAGAUUCGAUGGGAAGUGGAUGGGCGGAAACCGAGUGAGGGGAACCCACCGAUCACUUCCAUGGACCAAGAGAAUGAAGUUAUCAGCACUCUGAGAUGGACAACAGAGAACCCAGACAAGAACCAUAGUAUCAUUUGCUUUGGGACAAAUCUUUACGGGGCCUACACACUUCACUUUCUACUCAGUCCCCCUACAAAAGGGAGUCAUGCAAGUUUAGCCAUAUCUGGGCUCUGUGGAGCUUUGGUGGGUGUCAUCCUUUGCGUGCUUUGCCUCUGCCUGAUCAAGUUUUAUAAGCAAAGGAAAGCAAAAUCAUCUUCGAAAACCAGCGGUGUGGAAGUUCUGAAUUCUGCCAAUGGGGGGCACCAGAGAGCCACUGAUGGCAGCUUGAUCUAUAGCAACAUUUCAUCUGUGGGUCAAAAAUCACCUCGUGUUGACUACUCCAAAGCAGGUACAGAAAGAAUUUCAACCUUCAACCCCCGGGUUCCCAGUUCAAGCGUUGCUGACCCAGAAGAGCUCUACUAUGCAACCCUGGAGUUCUCCAAGCUGAAAGACAAAGAAAGAACAGCCCCAGAAGAGUCUGUGGACUAUUCAGCAGUCAAACAGAAAUAACCCCCCCAGUCCUCCCAAGAAGCAAUGCAGUAUGGGAGGGCCGUCCCUAGCAGGAUCGAAGUAGAUGCCGGAUAAUGAUACAGAUAUCAAGGACAGGUGGAGUUACUAGAGUAGUGAGUUUCUAAGUACAGUUUGUCAAAAAUAACGU